GUCAGCUGGGAUCGGUCAGCUGGCGGCUCCAUCUCCAGCAGCAGCAACCAGGCAGCCAGGCAUCCAGCCAGACAGCCAGACAGCCAACCAGGAGGGAGCUCCAUACGGGAAAACCAUCGCUGCCUCUGGCUCAUGCUGGCCGAAAAAAGCAUCGGAACUAAAAAUCAUAGUGAAAAGGAGGAUUUUAGAGUCCGGAAUGGUUGUUGCCGUGUAAAGGUCUCCUUUACAUCUAGCCUAUUUAUCAUCCUAUUUAUUUGUGUAUUUAUUUAUUUAUUUUCAUCCGAAUUUCCUGCCAGUGGUGGCUGGGCCCACAGUUGCGACUGUUCAGCGGCAGGUGUAGCCUGUUAUUGAGGACAUAUUUCACAUUCGUUACGUGGUUCCUCCAAUGGUCGAAACGCAGACCGGUCAAGACAAAAACUGAAUGCCCUCGGAACUGGAUGCUGCUGUUUAAAGGAGAAUUGUAGCCUUGCUUGUCGGCGAAACAUCAGAUGUGGUUUGGGGAGGGGGUUACUUGGAUGAUAAUAGAGGCCUGUAUCAGUAAAUAUGAAUAAAUAUCACACGGUUAUAUUGACGAUAUGGACUAAUGCGGUUGCUAAAAUGAGAGUUGGAAACAUGGAAUAGCCUAAUAGAGAGUGACUCAGGUCGGAGUGAAUACCCUUCCCCGUGUUUAUUUAAUAACCGACUGUCAAUGUGAUUAGCUCUACAUUUGAAAUCCGGCAUAUUUGCCAAAAUGAUGGAACUUCAAAUCGACGAGGUCGUCUACCAAGACGACUACGGGUCUGUGUCGGUGAUGUCGGAACGUGUUUCAGGCCUGGCCAAUAGCAUUUACCGAGAGUUUGAGCGGCUGAUCCGCAGUUAUGACGAGGAGGUGGUGAAGGAGCUCAUGCCACUGGUGGUAAACGUUUUGGAAAAUUUAGAUUCGGUUCUAACUGAGAACCAGGAGCAUGAGGUGGAACUAGAGCUGUUAAAAGAAGACAACGAGCAGCUCAUCACACAAUACGAGCGCGAGAAAGCGCUGCGGAAACAAGCAGAGGAGAAAUUUAUUGAGUUUGAGGAUGCACUGGAGGCUGAGAAGAAAGACCUGCAGAGUCAUGUGGACAGCCUGGAACUGCAGGGCAAGCAGCUGGAACUCAAGACCAAGAACUAUGCAGACCAGAUUAGUCGUCUGGAGGAGCGGGAGUCCGACAUGAAGAAGGAGUAUAACGCCCUGCACCAGCGGCACACUGAGAUGAUUCAGACGUACGUGGAGCACAUCGAACGCUCCAAGAUGCAUCAGGCAGGAAGCAACAGCCAAUCAGAGGGCCCGGGCAGCGCCAAAACUCAUCGCCACACAUGGAGGACAAGCAGCAAAGCAGAGCGCCCACCAUCGCUGAGCCUGCGCCCCAACGGAGAGGGAAUGUGUAGAGCAGAUAAGUGUGGAGUUCAAACAGGACUUGAACCUUCCUUCUUCCGCUUGCCUCAGGAGGACGGCUCUGAGUCCGACUCAGCGGCAGCCACGCCCAGCAGCACUGGGAGCAAGUCCAACACGCCCACCUCCUCUGUCCCAUCAGCCACCGUCACGCCAUCCGAGCUCCACCCACCCUCACAGUUUGACGGGACGCAUUCAGGGAACCACAGAAAGAGCGCCAAGCGGCUGAGCAGGAACAUGGAGGUGCAAGUUUCUCAGGAAACGAGAAAUGUUAGCAUUGGUAUGGGCAGCAGUGACGAGUGGUCAGAGUUCCAGGAGAUCAUCGACUCGACCCCUGAGCUGGAUAUGUGUGUUGACCCCCGAGUCUAUGGUGGAGGAAACAGUCCUUCACAGGGCAUCGUAAAUGAGGCUUUUGGCAUCAACACCGACUCCCUUUAUCACGAGAUCAAAGACGCCAAAUCGGACAUCAUCGGAGAUGUGGAUGCAGGCGCAGAGCUUCUAGGAGAAUUCUCAGGGAUGGGUAAGGAGGUGGAGAAUCUUCUAACCGAAAACAAACAGCUGUUGGAGACCAAAAAUGCUCUCAACAUAGUGAAGAAUGACCUUAUUGCCAAAGUGGACGAGCUCUCAGGAGACCAGGAGGUUCUGAGAGAGGAGCUGGAGGCUGUGAGGCUCUCCAAGAACAGGAUGGACACCCGGGUCAAAGAGCUGGAGGAGGAGCUGAAGAGGUUGAGGGCAGAAGCUCUUGGGGCGUCUCAAGAUUCUAAGGAUGAUGGUGGUGAAGACUUGUCGUCCCCGAUGCAGGAUGGAGACGUGAGCAUGACUCAGCGCAGGCGAUUCACCCGGGUGGAGAUGGCCCGCGUGCUGAUGGAGAGGAACCAGUACAAAGAGAGACUGAUGGAACUACAGGAGGCCGUGCGCUGGACAGAGAUGAUCAGGGCAUCCAGGGAAAGUCCACAAAUACAAGAGAAGAAGAAGUCCACCAUCUGGCAGUUCUUUGCCCGUCUGUUCAGCUCCUCUGCCAGCCCCCCUCCAGUCAAGCGGCCCUACUACAGCGUGAACAUCCACUACAAGUCGCCCUCCCCAGCAGGCUUCCCUCAGAGGCGCAGCCACACCAUGUGCCAGAUAUCCACAUCAAACCGCACCCUCGAGUUCUUCCCUGAAGACGACUCAGCGCUGUCUGUCCGCAGGGAGCAGCGGCGGGAACAGUACCGGCAGGUCCGUGAGCACAUGCGCCGCGAUGACGGCAUCAUGCAGGCAUGUGGCUGGAGUGUGCCACCUCGCUUCAAACAGGCAGGAUCUCAGCUGGACAGCGCUCCUGAUGGCCCCCUGAAGAGGCAGCAGGCGCCCAACGAAAAGGAGGACAACAGGAUGAAGAAUGUUCCUGUUCCUGUGUACUGUCGCCCCCUGGUGGAGAAAGAUCCAAACAGGAAGCUGUGGUGUGCUGCAGGGGUGGACCUGGCAGGAUGGAAGGCCUCUCCUCAGGGUGCUGACUCAGCUAAAACAGCAGCGACCACCACUGACCCUCUGACCACGGAAGAGGAGGGAGACAGCAAAAGUAUCCAGAGCUCCCCAGAAAAGAGGAAGUCGAGGGAGCUCCAUGAAACAGACUCCUUGAGCAGCAGAGUGUGGAUCCUGACCAGUACUCACUCUGCUAGUAAAGUUGUCAUCAUAGAUGCCAAUCAGCCAGGUUCACUGGUGGACCAGUUCAACGUCUGCAACGCCCAUGUGCUCUGCAUCUCCAGUGUGCCUGCUGCCAGUGAGAGUGACUACCCUGCAGGGGAGAUCGUUCUAGAUCCUGGGGAGAUGGUGGAAGGUGCUGGCGGUGAGGAGACUGGUGGGGUGGAAGGCAUGUUAGCAGGCAUCACUCUGGUGGGCUGUGCCACAAACUGUAGCGUUGUCCGCAGCAACUGCUCUUCACGCACUGACACUCCCAUACUGGACAAAGGACAAGCCCCCAUGUCUGCUCCGGUCAAGCUGCACCCUACGCAGUCUGCUGAAGAAGCCACCGAGGCAACCGAGGUCCCUGAAGCUGCCGUUAGCGAGAGCGCGGACGUCUCCGGCCCCCCUGGGCCCUUCACUGAGCACGUGUUCACAGACCCCCAGCCCAGGAUGGCGGAUGCUGCUGGUCAAUAUGAACAGUGUGCAGGCGGGCCCUCCCAGCCCCCAGAGACAGAGGAAGGCAGUGAAGACCCCAGCACCUGCCCCAGCACCUGCCCCAGCACCUGCCCCAGCACCUGCUCCAGUGUGGGCCCCACCAUGUGGCUUGGAGCCCAGAAUGGCUGGCUUUACGUCCACUCUGCAGUGGCCAGCUGGAAGACAUGUCUCCACUCCAUCAAACUGAAAGACUCAGUGCUCAGUCUAGUCCAUGUGAAGGGGCGUGUCCUUGUGGCUCUGGCCGAUGGGACGCUGGCCAUCUUCCACAGAUCUGAGGACGGUCAGUGGGAUCUUUCCAACUAUCACCUGAUGGAUCUGGGACGACCACACCACUCCAUCCGCUGCAUGGCCGUGGUCCAUGACAAGGUGUGGUGUGGCUACAAGAACAAGAUCCACGUCAUUCAGCCCAAGAGCAUGCAGAUCGAGAAGUCCUUUGACGCUCAUCCUCGGAGGGAGAGCCAGGUCCGCCAGCUGGCCUGGAUUGGUGACGGAGUGUGGGUCUCCAUCAGGCUGGACUCCACCCUGCGCCUCUACCACGCUCUUACACACCAACACCUCCAGGACGUGGACAUUGAACCCUACGUCAGCAAGAUGCUCGGUACGGGGAAAUUGGGUUUCUCAUUUGUGCGAAUUACAGCACUUUUAAUUGGAGGAAAUCGUCUUUGGGUGGGCACUGGAAAUGGCGUGGUCAUCUCUAUCCCACUGACUGAGACGGUAGUCCUUCACCGGGGACAGCUCCUGGGGUUGAGGGCCAACAAGGUCUCUCCCACGUCGUCCGGGGGGGUGAUCCAUGUGUAUGCGGACGACAGCGCGGAGAAGAGCAGUGGCAGCUUCAUCCCGUACUGCUCUAUGGCUCAGGCUCAGCUGUGCUUCCAUGGACACCGGGAUGCCGUCAAGUUCUUUGUUUCUGUGCCAGGAAAUGUGUUAGCCACCCUGAACGGUAGUGUGUUGGACAGCCCCUCAGAGGGCCAGGGCUCCGCCCCACCCCCAGACACGGAGAUGCAGAGUGUGCAGAACGUCCUUGUGCUCAGUGGAGGAGAGGGAUACAUUGACUUCCGCAUCGGUGAUGGUGAGGAUGAUGAGACGGAGGAAGGGGAGGGUGGAGGAGGCCCGCAGGGCGGAGGAGCCCAGCAGGUGAAGCCUGCCUUGUGCAAAGCUGAGCGCAGUCACAUCAUCGUGUGGCAGGUGUCUUAUGUGCCUGAGUAAUGCCAAGGCCAACUGGAAGAACUCCGCCCCUGAACCUCUUCAUCACCAUGGAAACCCUUGACUCAAAUCUUUAAAGCUACUCCCCCUCCUCCUCCUGCUUCCUGUCAUAGAUCUGUUCCCCAUAUGUUCUCCAGGUUCUGGAACUACCCCUGUGACUACCCCUCACCCUCACAUCCAGCCUUGUGUCCCUUUAGUUCCUUGACCUUCCAUAAGAAUAUAACCCCGCCUCGCUUAGCCCUGUUAUUGUAAGUAUCUCCAUGAACCUUGUAACUGCACUCUUUAUUACAUCCCCUGCACUAUAUCUACUCCAUGGAGCUUGUAUCUGCCCUGUAAGUACAUCAUGUCGCCUGUGUUGGUCUAAUAGUACACUGCAUCUUCCCCAAAGCUACCCUGUUGUGCCUAAACUUAUCCUUCCCUCAGUUGAAAGUCUUUGUCCAAUGACACGUCUGUACCUAGGACAGGUCUCAUUCUCUGGCCUCCCUCAUAGUCUACCAACUGACUAAAGUACAGAAACCUAAAGGAGUGCACUGGCAAAUAAUGCAUCUUAUUCCAAAUCCAUCCAUGAAUCCUUAUUGAAUCUAUUUAAACUUUGCGUCUACACAGUCUCCCAGUCAGCUCACAGCUCAGUUUAUUUCUCCAACCAAGACAGCUGAUUGGUUAAUCAACUUAGGAGACAGGCAGCUGAUUGAUGAGAUGUAUUCCAAUACAGGCAGCUCAUUGGUUUGAACAAGGUAAAGAUGUCACAUGAUCAGGAGAGCUCAGUGUUCAUUCGCCUGUAUAGGAACACGCAUGAGCCCAGGAUAACCAAUCAUCUUAAGGACAUUCUGGAGGGUGUGGAUGUGUGUGUACAGUAUCGUUUUUUUCCAUUGAAUUCUGCAGUAAGUAGUGAACAAGGACCAGUACAUGAUGAGUUGAUUCUAUUCUACAUGUUCAUUUAGUUAAACAGCCAAAACACUGGAUUAACAUGAAAUUACUGGAGCAACAUUUUAUUUAGGCAGUCACAACUCCAGUACCUUGUAAAUAAAGCCCAAAAUGUUUUAAGCAAAGGCAGACAUCUUUGAGCUGUGAGCUGAUUGGCUCAUAACUUAUAACCCCCACCAUACAUACAUGAUCCACUGUACCCAAGCUAAAAGCUGGACAGUGAGUUUUGUGAAUGGUCGUCUGAUUUGAGUGACAGAUGUCACAGACAAAUCUGUAAAUCUAUAUAGAUUAUAGAAAUGGUUACAUUCAUGAUGCACCCCCCUGUUCAGUAUGUAACUCAUGUUGAUCUAUUCUGUGUGGACUAAAUAUUAAAUAUAUUUGCGUGCUAAAAACAUA